CCCUUCCCUCUCCUCCGUGCGCUGCCGCCCCGCGUCCUCCCGGAAAUUCUUGGCUUUCCCUUCCGGGAACCCUCUCCGGGGCUGGCGGCGGAUCCUCACUUGUUUUACUUAAGUUAAGUGAUGGAACCAUAUACUGAAGAAAAAAAAUCAUCCUGGGGUCCUUGGUGUUCAUGUUUGUGUGAAAGAAUCUAGGAUGUUCCAAGAAAAGGCGUCAGCGAAUUGCUUAAAUAUAGUAACAACAUCUACUGAAGAUGGUGCUUUCCAAAAAAAGGGCCAUAGUGCUCGAGUCCUUAGCCCAGAAGAAGCUGAAAGACUGGCAAAAGAUCAGGUUCUGGUGUCUGAGUUCAAACAACUGAAACUGGAGAAAGAGGCACAGAAGAACUGGGAUCUCUUUUACAAAAGAAACAGCACCAACUUCUUCAAAGACAGACAUUGGACAACUAGAGAGUUUCAAGAGUUAAAAGCAUGUCGUGAGUUUGCAGAUCAAAAACUGACCAUUCUGGAAGCAGGCUGCGGGGUUGGAAACUGCUUGUUUCCACUCUUAGAAGAAGAUAUGAAUAUUUUUGCAUAUGCCUGUGAUUUCUCUCCUAGAGCUGUUGACUAUGUGAAGAAAAAUGCUUUAUAUAGUACUGAAAGGUGUAAAGUGUUCCAGUGUGAUCUUACCAAAGAUGAUCUUCUAGACAAUAUACCAGCAGAUUCUGUGGAUGUUGUCACACUUAUAUUUGUGCUUUCUGCCAUUCAUCCUGACAAAAUGCAUCUUGUCCUGAGGAACAUUUAUAAGGUAUUAAAACCAGGCAAGUGUGUCCUGUUCCGAGACUAUGGCCUGUAUGAUCAUGCAAUGCUCAGGUUUAAAUCAGGUAGCAAACUUGGGGAAAACUUUUAUGUCAGACAAGAUGGGACAAGAUCAUAUUUUUUUACUGAAGGUAAGGCAUGUUGUAGAGUGCUUUCUUUUCUGUGCAUCUUCUGUUCAAACUUUUUCCAGAAAACUGCCAGCAUGCCCAUGGAAGUUUUAUUUCGUGUGGACAAACUGUUAAAUUGUGGUUUAUUUCAUUUAGCAUCCUUUUUGGGAAGAAGCAGUUAUUCAGAUUGGCAGAACUUUGUGGAGUACUUUCUUGUUUAUAAGCUUAUUGUAUAUGCUGUAAUUCUCCGAGAGCAGCUGUUUCUGAAUUUGCUGUAUUUCAUUCAGAUUUGUUACCUAAGGGGAAAAGACCUAUGUUCAGUAAGAGAAUUGAUCAUCUUCAUGAAGCAAGUAAGCAGUUCUUUUGGCAUCAUUCUUUGUGCAGGACUAUUUCUGGUGAGCAGGAUGAGGUCUAUUGGUUUCUAGAAGCAGAACCACCACUGCAGCACUGAGAAGCUUGUGCACAAUUCCUGCUGGGAUAGCACUGACUAGCUGUGGUCACUCUGUCUUCUAGGGUUUGUUUUUUAGUGAAGACAAUGGAAAAAAUCACUUCCAUGUGAUACAGUAUUAGGUCUUUGUUGAGUGCUCAUAAUGGUUUAGGAGGAAAGGUAGUUAUUGCAGUUCACUGGUGGGGAAUUUGAAGCUCAGAGACAUGAAGGAAUUUACUUAAACUCUCACAAUGAAUUGGGAUUAUAGCUUGGCUAUACCUUCUAACUCCCAAUUCCUCAUGCUAAACUCGCUAUACUCCCCCAUCAUUUGUAGAGCAUUGUGUAGCAAGAGCUGUGAAUUUAUUUCUGUGGGGUUCUUUGUUCUUAGUCUAAAGCAAGAUGCAGCUGCUGAAUAGACUGAUUUGUAGCCAAGUAAAUGUUAUUCAUAUUUUAUGCCAUAACAUAUUAACUAAUUGCUUUUGACACACAAAAACUAUUAAUCUUGUCUGAGCUUCCCCCCAUUCUU